AUGGCCGGUCUCAUCAGCUACAUCAUCAACUACGACGGCUACCCGUUGCAGGCGUACCUGCUCGAGAAUAUUGAUGUGAUCGGCUACAUCGCCUCCAUCUACCUUGUCAUGGUGGGCAAGGGAGACUGCAUUUUGAGCUGGUGGAACAAGCGUAAGGCGCCGGCCGCCGAUGCCCAGGCAAAGCAGAACGGUGCCAGCAAGGAGACGGCGGUGGCACUCAAGUCAUGCUACGCUGCUGCCUCCACGUACCACCUUGUCGUCUGCAUCGCGUGCGCUGUCGUCUCGUGCAUUCUGGUGCCCGCCAUGGCGCAGUCUGUCCUGGCCAACUCCUUCUUCACGACCAUGUGCCUUUGGGAUGACGCUCGCAUCUACAAGGGGUACGUCGGCUUCGCCCUCAGCGCCGCUGUGGUAGUGAAAGUAGUGGAGCAGCUCGACACAUUCUUCCUGAUCCUGCGAGACUACAUUGUCGCCUCUCCAGUGCAGGAGAAGAAGCAGGUGCGCCGCGUGCGACCCUCUCACUGGUGGUUCCAGGUACUCAUCUCCCUCUACUUCUGGCACACCUACAGCAUUGGCACCAGCUGCUUCACGAUGAUCGCCACCUUUACGAUGGCUAUCUCUGCCGCCCGCAACUUCUUCUACAUGCAGCAGGAUUCCGCGCAGGCCCAGGGCAAGACCGCCAUGGCCAUCAAACCGAACCAUGAGAUCUUGGCGCUGGACAUGGCGGAGUGGAUUGGCUGCAGCGCACUCUCCGUCUACGCCAGCUACAUGAACUACACACACGAGCGCGGGUGCAUGACGAUGCAGGCAAACGUGCGCAUGGCCCUCGUCAUGUACGUGACGGCUGUCGUGCUGCGCUUCCGCGAGCUGGGCAAGGGCGUGGAGGCCCCGGUAGCGCGGAAGCUCAAGAGCCAGUAG